AUGGCACCGACAUUCGCAGAGGCCACAGCGGUGAAAGCCGUGGACUCCCACACCUACUCGGCCAGGUUCUAUUCCGAUUGGUGCGUUGGCUCAGUGCCUCAUGGCGGCGUUGUCACGUCGGCCUUUUUACGAGUUGCGUCGCUGCACUUCGGCACCACGCUCGUCGCCCAGAAACAGCCGCACACCAUCACCCUGCAUCUCGAAUUCCUGCGGCGCACACAGGAGGGUCCUGCAACCUUCAAGGUCAAGGACGCGAAGCUCGGCCGGCAGACGUCGACGAUCCACGUAUCGCUGGAGCAGGAUGGGCGGGAGGAAGUCGUCGGCUACAUCACGAACUCGAACCUCGACGCUGAGGAGGGCGUGUCCUUCGAAACCGGCUGGUCCCUCCAGCCUGCGCCGCCUCCGGUCGAUUUGCCAAGGCUGGCGACGGAUACAGACGCCAGCUGGGCCGAGGUGACGGACAAGCCGUACCCCCACUUCCGCAAGGUGUUGAAUCGCGUGCGCAUGUAUGUACCGCGGAAGGGCCAGGCGCUGAAUAGUCUUGCGGAUGAGUGGCUCCGGCUCGAGUCGGGCGAGAGGUUUACGAACGAAAGCAUCGGGUUGGUGUCGGACUUCUGGCCGCAAAUUAUCGAGACGUAUCGGCAGGCGGAGAAGAAAGACGCUCCGUUCUGGUACCCCACGCUGCUGCUAAACUUGGAUGUGAAGAAGUCACUGCCGGCAGAAGGCGUGGAGUGGCUGUUCGUGCGGGUGCGAGCGAAGAAGAUCAAGAACGGACGGCAGGAUCUGGAGGUGGUUGUCCAAGACGAGAGCGGGGAUGUUGUCGCGCUGAGUCACCACGUCGUGUUCACCUUGAGCGCAGAGAGGAACACGGCGAAACGGAGGACGCAGAACCAGAGCAAGAUCUAG